AAACUACUCUACUGAAUUGUAGUGUAUAACAUUAUUUUGCUUCAACGACCGUGUCAUAAAAAUUAGAAUAAGAGGAUAUUGUAAAAAGAGGGGUGCUGCAGUAUAUAGAAGCUCUACCAGUUCGCGUUACCUUUGAUUCGCUUUGGUCUUACAUUCGUUAAGAUCGUUUUAGAGUGUUUUCGUUGGCUACUUCACAGGAAAAUCUUCGUGUAAAAACAUGAUUACCGCAUUCUUUAUUCUCGUAGUUGUGACAGCAUACGCUGCAGAGGACAUACCCUCCUACGUUCAUGUGUGUGGUCGCAAAGAUCCCAACUAUGAUCAAUGCAUGCUGGACAAUAUCAACAAUGUAAAGCCCCUCGUUUGUUCAGGGAUGCCAGAAUUGAACGUUUCUCCGAUAGAGCCAGUAAUUGUUGACAAAAUGGUUAUUUUCGAUACAAAUAAUCUUAAGUUAAUUCUCGAAGACACAAAAAUGUUUGGAAUUUGCAAUUUCGAUAUACAAUCUUUUAAUAUGAGUCUUGACAAGCUUCACUUUGAUCUUACUUUCGUACUUAAACAUUUUAAUAUGGACAUCGUAUAUGACAUUGACAUACGUUUAUUGGUGUCACUUGCUAAUAAGGGAAUAGUUCACAUUACUGCAGAUGACGUAAGUGGAAAAAUAAGCGUACAGCUUAAAGAAGUAACCAAGAAUGGUAAAACUGAAAUAUAUGUAUCGAAGGCAAGCACGAAUUUCGAUAUUCUAGAUACAAAAUUUACGUAUGAGUUCGACGAUAGUGAAAAGGAUUUGGUUCAACUACAUCAAGUUAUUAGAAAUACCAUAAGUGAAAACGAAAGAGAAAUUAUGAGUAUAAUUAAGCCGAUACUAGAAGAAAAUGUUUCCAAACUGGUUAUUGGAGUUGUUAACAACGUAACUUACAAUAGAUUUUACCAAUUGUUUCCCGACGAAGCACCAUAAAUCACUUAGAACUUUGAGAUUACAGAAUGUGAUAUGCAUCCUAUAAUGAAUCUGUUCUGAUUAAAGAAUAAUUAAAAUAUAUUUUGUAUAAGUCGUAAAUUAUUAAUAAAGUGACAUUAUUUUAAACAU